AUGGACUCUCUGGAGGAAAGCAAUAGGCAAAUGAUUGCCAUUGCACGAGAACGGAACAACAUUCUAAAGACCCUUGCUGAGGGUUUACAAUUAUGUAGACAAGAAUGUAUUGUACUUAUAAGGAGUGGCUUUCAUAAGGUUAGCGAUAAGGUAAAGCAGAACAAAACGUCAAGUAAGAAAGAGCAUUCCGUACAAGUUAAGAGAAUAAUAGGCCAGGGUGCCGAUAAUGCUACCGAUGUGUCAACACAGAAAGAGGAACUAGGCUCACACUGGAAAGAAGUUUACCUUAAUGGGAAGCGUACCGAAGAAAAAUUCAAAGACAUCGACGGUGCCAUUGAAAUUUACCAAGAUCCUCCUGAACCCAAUAAAAGGCGGACAGAUUACGAAAAUGAGGAAGAAAAAUACUUGAAGAAGAAAGUAGAAUUUUCAACAUCAGAUAUUCGCAUAAAGGAGAUAAAAGUUCAGACGAGUGAGUUUCCAAGGUAUGAGUAUGCAUUAGGCAAUCUGUUGGAUGUUGUGAUGCGGUAUAAAGUUGUUCUUCAGUCAAACUGCAUCGGACACGAUGGCAGAUAUAUUAUGUUAUAUAUAUGUACCACCCCUGAAAAUGACAAAAUGAUCGACGAAUUUCUUCAAGAAAUAUCUAAGAAAGGAGAGAUUAGAGAUGGUGGCUCCCUUGAACAAUUUGUUCAAUCUAAAGAUCAAUCGACUGUCUCUUGCUUCAUAACACAUGUAAGCUAUCAACGCAUUUUGACAGCAAUAAGACACAGGACAACCAUUACAAUCAUCCUAGGCAAAACUGACUUGGAAGAAAAAGCUAAAAGAUACCAAAACACAUAUGCCAUUCAAAAAAACAACGCAUGGAAACAGAUAGAUUUAGACUUAGAAGAAUGGCUUUUCCAAAGUCUCAAGCCAGUUUGUGGUGCAUUGGGAGGGGAUAUUGAAAGUAACCGUUCCGACAAAAAAGCAACUGAUAGGGAUGAGUAUGAAGAAAAGCCAAUAACAGGCAAGUAA